AAUGUCGAAAUUUCGUGAAAGUCUUCGUAUACUGACGUACGUCGGUGUACCAGAGUCAGUUAUCAAUUGGAAGCCACGGUUACCAUCGAGGAAUUGGUGCAUCUUUUUGGGCAUCACUGGUUCAACUACGGCGUUAUAUGCAUACGACAGGAGAGAAACAAAGCGUAUCAUGCAAGAAUACAAGGACAGAGUAAUCCAUUUGUCCCAAGAACCAAUCGGAGGGCCUUCUCAGCUACCAAGAAGAGUGCAUGUUUACGCAGCUUUAUAUCCAGAAUAUGACGAGCCAUCAGCUGCGAAAUUCUUCAAGUUUUACAUUAAGCCGAUAUUGAAUGCAGCGGCUAUGGAUUACAUCGUAGAGAAGGGACAUAGACACGGUGCACUCGCAACUACUAUCAGAGAACGCAUACAGGCUGAACGCAGGGAGACUAUGGGCCUUGAACCACCGUCGAUGCCUCCAAAAGCAGUAGAAAGCCAGCGCGAUAGAGAAGGCGGUGUGGUAUUAAUUGGCAGACAUACUGUCAAGGAGUACCUUGCAGGUUUAGCACAAGGCUGGAAAUCUGGUGUUAUUUCCCGUGAUUUGCUCGCAGAAUUGUCGAAAGUUGUUCCUUCAUUGCCAAAAGCAGGCGAGGAGGAUACAUUGAAGGAAUACGCUGAAUUGGAGACUGUUAUCCCAGAAAUAGAUAUCCCUGUUACAGGUGCUAGCACCGGUGUCGCAAAGUAUUUGACCUCCGCACCAGCAGUUAUCCCACCACAGCCACCAGUGCUCUUAGUUCCAUUCGUCGAGCUCGUUGGAUUCUCUAAAGUUCCCGAGAUGCUUAUGGGCUUUUUUAACCACCGCGCUAAAGCUAGAUUGGGUGGUGAGGCCGCUAUGAAACUCAUCAAUCCAAAUCUCCAGAAAGUCGAACCACCAUAUGCCGAAGACGAUGAAGAGGGAGUUAGCUAUGACGAACCAUGGAAACAACCACAAGUUUUAGAAUUCAAACCCCAAGGUGGAACUCUCUGCGGAUUUGACGUCGACUCGGAAAUGAAGAUUAAGAAGACAUUCGAGGACGUUCCAAAGGGUGUAGCAAGGAGAAGAAAGGAGUACUAUGAUAACCUGAUUGAGAAACUUAAGAAGACCCGCGAGCAAGCUUCUAGAGAACUCAAGGAGAAUGAAAGAAAGGAGAAGUCUGAAGAGGAGCUCCAGCAAGAGCGCAUCGCAAAAGAGAAAGCCUUUAGAGAGGAGUAUGAAGGCUGGGCGCUUGCCCGCAAAAACUCUAAAGUGCGUUACGAGCCUUGGAUGAAUGGAUUGCAUGUUUACAGCUAAAAUUGUAACAUAUAAUAGAUAGACUUUU